GUACGCCUUGCACUGGCAGUUAACCCGCGUAUACUCUGACUAGUGCUUCAUAUAACUUGCCCACGUAUUCGCUGGGGCGACAACGCAAGUUUCUCGAGCUUCUGAACCCCCAGCUUCCUUACGAGUCAUUGGCACCGGCAACUCGAACGCCUCCCCGUCGCAGGUCUCCUGGUUCACCCCGCAACUUGUUAUGCCAGAAUCCUACCUAGUGACUGGUGGAAACGGCCUCUUAGGAAGCCAUAUCGUCCGACUGCUUCUAGAACGCAGUGAGACCGCCGUGGCUGUCUUCGACAUCGCGCCGUCAGCGGAUCCUGACCCACGCGUCAGAGUAUUCUUGGGGGAUGUUACGAAUAGGGAGGAUUUCGCACGAGCGGUGAAGGAUAGCAAUCCAACAUGUAUCAUACAUACUGCCGCGCUGAUCCAAGGCGCACCGAAGGAUGCAAUGUUCCGGGUCAAUGUGGAAGGUACACGACGGGUGAUAGAGGCGGCGAGGGCAGACUGGGUGCCGAAGCUAGUAUUCACGAGCAGCGCGAGUGUCGUCUUCGAUGGGCGAGACCAGGCAGGCGUGGACGAGAGCGCACCAUACCCGGAUGUUCCAUUCGACGACUACAACGCAAGCAAGGCCAUGGCCGAACGCCUCGUGCUGGCCACGAACGAGGAGGGGGACUCAGGGUUGAAGACAUGUUCACUACGCGUCGCGGGUCUAUUCGGACCGGGCGAUCGUAAUGCUAUUCCUGGUCUCAUGGGUGCGCUCGAAGCUGGUCGGACGAGCAUGCAGAUCGGGAACAAUACGAACAAGUUCGACUUCACCUACAUCCCGAACGCGGCGCUAGCGCACCUCCUGGCGGCGGACCGCCUCUCCCCGUCACACCCGAAGCACGACCUCGUCGCCGGCCAGGCGUUCUUCAUCUCGAACGGCGCGCCCGUGCCGUUCUGGGACUUCCCGCGGGCCUUGUGGAAGGAGGCGGGCCACGUCUCUGCGAAGAUCACCGUCCUCCCGCGGGGCGUCGCGAUGGUGCUCGCGGUGCUCUUCGAGUUCUGGGCGUGGGUCACGGGCACGCAACCGCUGCUGACGCGCUUCAGGGUCGCGAUGGUCACGACGACGCGGUGGUGUGACAUCUCGAAGGCGCGCGAGGCGCUGGACUAUGAGCCUAAAUACAGCAUGGACGAGGGGAUACGCAAGUCAGUCGAGUGGUGGAUGGAGUCGAAGAAGAGUCGAGAGAAGCAGCUCUGAACCAGGAAGGGCCUGGCGCUACUCGCUGCGUUUGUAUGCCCGAAGUCGGCGCUCGCGUCUGACAUGCUCAGCCCGUUAUAAGACCACUCUGCUUAGCUCUUCACGUACAUUUUGGGACUGUAUAAUCUUUGAAUAGGGUGCUUGUCGCUUAAUUCUACGCGCUUCUCUCCGCCUAUUACGAGGCAGGCUAUUCACAGAUGCUCUAUGGA